UAUCAGGAGUUGAGAGGCGGCAAAUGACCAUUAAUGGCGUCCGCGUCUCCCUGAGCUAUCUCGAAUAUGCAAAAUACGUCGAGACCUAUCUGCGACUAGCUCGGAGCUUCCAACAAAGAAAGCACAAACUGCAUUUCUCUCUCUUCCUAGCUGUGUUUCACC